AUGGUGUUAGCUGAUAAUUUUAAGCCUACAAACGAAAUACUCUUAAAUUGUGGUGGCGCUAGUUUGGAUCUUGAUGGCCGUUCAUGGUCCACUGAUCGUGCCUCGAAUUUUGGUACUGGAAAAUCCACCAUGUCAGAGGUUGCAAUUAAUGACCCUGCAGUCCCUCAAAUUCCCUUCAUGACGGCGCGGAUUUUCGAAUCACCAUAUACCUAUAGUUUUCCGGUGGCUUCUGGUUGGAUUUUCCUCAGGUUAUAUUUUUAUGCGGCUUCUUAUCCGGGUCUUAAUAUAUCAGAUGCCCGAUUUGGCGUGACAUCCCAAUCCUACACCUUGCUUACGAACUUCAGUGUUCUUGAGACCACUUUGGGUUCAAAAGAUCAUUAUGUUGUGAAGGAAUAUUCCAUCCACAUUGGUGGAGUUACAUUGAACGUAACUUUUACUCCAUCUACCACUACAAUUAAUGCAUAUGCAUUUGUCAAUGGGAUUGAGGUCAUAUCGAUGCCUAAUAUUUAUACUUCCACUUAUGAUGAUGUCCAUGUGAUUGUUGGUAUUAGAAGCGUCUUCACCAUUGACAACAGAACUGCACUUGAGAAUGUUUAUAGGUUAAAUGUGGGUGGGAGUAAUAUUUCGGGUUCUCGUGAUACUGGCAUGUUUAGGUCUUGGAGUGCUGACGAGUAUUUCAUACUAGGAACUGCAUUUGGAGCUGUGAAUGGUGGUAUAGAAGUGAAUAUUGAGUAUCCUCCAGGAAGACCGUCUUAUAUUGCUCCGACUAUUGUUUUCUCGUUGGCCAGAUCGAAGGGUCCAAACGCCAAUAUCAACUUGAGUUACAACUUGACUUGGAUAUUCUCAAUUGAUUCUAGGUUUGCCCAUCUUGUGAGACUUCACUUUUGUGAGGGCACCACGGUGAUAACCAAAGUUAAUCAAAGAGCAUUCAAAAUAUUCCUCGCUAAUCAAAGUGCUUUUAAUACGGCUGAUGUUAUUGCCUGGGCAACUGAAGAUUUUAAGUCUACAGACGAAAUACUCUUAAAUUGUGGUGGCCCUAUUCUUAGUUUGGAUCUUGAUGGCCGUUCAUGGUCCACUGAUCGUGGCUCGAAUUUUGGUUCUGGAAAAUCCACCAUGUUAGAGGUUGCAACUAAUGACCCUGCAGUUAGGGGUGGGAAUAGGCCAGUCCCUCAAGUUCCCUUCAUGACGGCGCGGAUUUUCGAAUCACCAUAUACCUAUAGUUUUCCGGUGGCUUCUGGUUGGAUUUUCCUCAGGUUAUAUUUUUAUCCGGCUUCUUAUUCGGGUCUUAAUAUAUCAGAGGCCCGAUUUGGCGUGACAUCCCAAUCCUACACCUUGCUUAGGAACUUCCGUGUUCUUAAGACCACUUUGGGUUCAAAGGAUCAUUAUGUUGUGAAGGAAUAUUCCAUCCACAUCGAUGGAGGUACAUUGAACGUAACUUUUACUCCAUCUACCACUGCAAUUAAUGCAUAUGCAUUUUCCAAUGGGAUUGAGGUCAGGUCGAUGCCUAAUAUUUAUACUUCCACUGAUGAUGAUGUCCAUGUGAUUGUUGGUAUUAAAAGUGUCUUCACCAUUGACAAUAGAACUGCACUUGAGAAUGUUUAUAGGUUAAAUGUGAGUGGGAGUAAUAUUCUGGGUUCUCGUGAUACUGGCAUGUUUAGGUCUUGGAGUGCUGACGCGUCUUUCAUAUUCGGAACUGCAUUUGGAGAUGUGAAUGGUGGUAUAGAAGUGAAUAUUGAGUAUCCUCCAGGAACACCGUCUUAUAUUGCUCCGACUAUUGUUUUCUCGUCGCCCAGAUCGAUGUAUCCAAACGCCAAUAUCAACUUGAGUUACAACUUGACUUGGACAUUCUCAAUUGAUUCUGGGUUUGCCUAUCUUGUGAGACUUCACUUUUGUGAGGGCACCACGGUGAUAACCAAAGUUAAUCAAAGAGUAUUCAAAAUAUUCCUCGCUAAUCAAAGUGCUUUUAAUACGGCUGAUGUUAUUGCCUGGGCAACUGAAGAUUUUAAGCCUACAGACGAAAUACUCUUAAAUUGUGGUGGCCCUAUUCUUAGUUUGGAUCUUGAUGGCCGUUAUGGUCCACUGAUCGUGGCUCGAAAUUUGGUUCUGGAAAAUCCACCAUGUCAGAGGUUAUAUUUUUAUCCGGCUUCUUAUUCGGGUCUUAAUAUAUCAGAUGCCCGAUUUGGCGUGACAUCCCAAUCCUACACCUUGCUUAGGAACUUCAGUGUUCUUGAGACCACUUUGGGUUCAAAAGAUCAUUAUGUUGUGAAGGAAUAUUGCAUCCACAUUGAUGGAGGUACAUUGAACGUAACUUUUAUUCCAUCUACCACUGCAAUUAAUGCAUAUGCAUUUGUCAAUGGGAUUGAGGUCAUAAGUGUCUUCACCAUUGACAACAGAUUUGCACUUGAGAAUGUUUAUAGGUUAAAUGCGGGUGUGAGUAAUAUUCCGGGUUCUCGUGAUACUUGCAUGUUUAGGUCUUGGAGUGCUGACACGUCUUUCAUACUAGGAACUGCAUUUGGAGCUGUGAAUGGUGGUAUAGAAGUGAAUAUUGAGUAUCCUCCAGAAACACCGUCUUAUAUUGCUCCGACUAUUGUUUUCUCGUCGCCCAGAUCGAUGGGUCCAAAGGCCAAUAUCAACUUGAGUUACAACUUGACUUGGACAUUCUCAAUUGAUUUUGGGUUUGCCUAUCUAAUGAGACUUCACUUUUGUGAGGGCACCACGGUGAUAACCAAAGUUAAUCAAAGAGUAUUCAAAAUAUUCCUCGCUAAUCAAAGUGCUUUUAAUACGGCUGAUGUUAUUGCCUGGGCAACUCAAGAUUUUAAGCCUACGGACGAAAUACUCUUAAAUUGUGGUGGCCCUAUUCUUAGUUUGGAUCUUGAUGGCCGUUCAUGGUCCACUGAUCGUGGCUCGAAUUUUGGUUCUGGAAAAUCCAUCAUGUUAGAGGUUGCAACUAAUGACCCUUCAGUCCCUCAAAAUCCCUUCAUGACGGCGCGUAUUUUCGAAUCACCAUAUACCUAUAGUUUUCCGGUGGCUUCUAGUUGGAUUUUCCUCAGGAUCAUUAUGUUGUUAAGGAAUAUUCCAUCUACCACUGCAAUUAAUGCAUAUGUGUUCAUCACAUUUUGUCGCCGUAGGCAUAGCACAAGUGAAGGACGACCUAGCUGGUUUCCACUUUCGCUUUUCAGUAAUUCACCCUCUCCAGCUUUUGCCAAUACCAACACAACAAGGAGUUACAGAUCCACACUUCCACAAAACCUUUGUCGUCAUUUCUCGUUUGCGGAAAUGAAGGCUGCUACAAACAACUUUGACGAGACUUUGAUUCUCAGUGUGGGAAGAUUUGGCAAGGUUUACAAAGGAGAAAUUGACGGCGGAUCGACUAAAGUCGCAAUUAAACGUGUGAAUCCACUCUCCAAAUAGGGUGAGCACGAAUUCCAAACUGAAAUUCAAAUGCUCUCUAAACUUCGUCACCGCCACCUUGUUUCGUUGAUUGGAUACUGUGAAGAGAACACUGAAAUGAUCCUUGUCUAUGAUCACAUGGCAUAUGGAACACUCAGAGAGCAUCUAGACAAGACACAGAAACCUCCACUACCGUGGAAGCAAAGGCUUGAGAUAUGCAUUGGAGCUGCUCAGGGUUUGCACUAUCUUCACACCGGCGCUGAACGCACUAUCAUCCACCGUGACGUGAAAACAACAAACAUUUUACUAGAUGAGAAGUGGGUGGCCAAGGUUUCUGAUUUCGGAUUGUCGAAAACAUAUCCUUCAUUGGAUAAUACACAUGUAACUACUGAGGUAAAAGGUAGUUUCGGGUACUUGGAUCCGGAAUACUACAAGAGGCAGCAACUGACCGACAAAUCCGAUGUGUACUCAUUUGGUGUGGUUCUAUUUGAGAUACUAUGCGCUCGCCCGGCUUUGAACGUAAAACUAGCUUACGAGGAAAUGAAUCUAGGUAAAUGGGCAGCUCAUUGCUACAAAACAGGCAUUCUUGACCAAAUCAGCGAUCCUUAUCUGAAGGGCAAGAUAGCUCCGGAAUGCUUUAAGAAGUUCUCCGAGACCGCGAUGAAGUGCGUAUCUGACCAAGGCAUUGAAAGGCCAUCCAUGGGGGAUGUCUUGUGGAACCUGGAACUUGCUUUGCAGCUUCAGAAAAGUUCAGAAGACACUGCAAAUCCAGAAGAUAAUGCAAAUCCAGAAGAUAGUGGAAACAGUCUUGGCGGAAUACACUGCGAAGAGCCAUUGUUUACAGAUGUGAAAGGAAAGAAGAAGUUGGAUUAUGUGACUGAUUCUGGAAAAUGUGGCGAUUCAACGAGUGUUGGAGGUAGAAGCUUGGCUAGAGAAGAUUCUCCUCAGGGCUAGUACUAUUUUAAUUUUAAUAAACAUAUUUCUUUUAUAAAUAAAUGUUACUAAAUUAGGAUUAUCCGUUUGUUUCUUAACCUAUAACUUAAUUGAAAUAUGUAUUCAUGGCGAUUUA